GUAGCAACAGCAGCAACAGCAGCAACUCGGUGAAAAAUCUUUCAGCUGCGCUUGCUUCUUGGAACGGGAUUUGGGAAAAUUAUGCUGCAGCGUCACGGCCGCUGGCUAACAACACUGGCAAAAAUAGAAACUAAGUCCGUUCAUCGCAAUCAAAAUGUCGGUGCACUACAAGUUUAAAAGCACCCUCGAUUUCGACACCAUCACCUUCGAUGGGUUGCACAUAUCGGUGGCCGACCUAAAGAAAUCCAUCAUACAGCAGAAGCGGUUGGGCAAGACCGUAGACUUCGAUCUGCAGAUAACCAAUGCGCAGACGAACGAAGAGUACAGUGACGAUGGAAUGUUGAUACCAAAAAACACCUCGCUCACAAUUGCCCGAGUUCCGGUCAAGUCGCAGGGCAAAAAGAAUUGGGAAAAGCCUGGCGCGGAACUGCCAAGUGGUCCGGCGCCUUCUUCACGGAGUAGCAAACACGAUGCAGCCAAUUCGCAGACGAACGUGGACCUUUCGACGAUGAACGGUACGGAAGAGGAUAAGAUACGCGAGAUGAUGUAUCAAAGUACGGCCGACUACGAUCCUACGAAUUACCAGAAGGUGCGUGGCUCACAAACGGGAGAAGUUCCGAUGAACUACAAGUGCUAUCGGUGUCACAAACCGGGCCAUUGGAUUAAGAACUGUCCGAUGGGACCGCUCCCGAAGGAGAACGUUGAAAUUAAGCGCACAUCUGGAAUACCGCGCUCAUUUAUUGAGCGCGAUAGGAAUGUGGACCAAAACCCGGCCAUGCAACCGGUUCAGAUGCCGCCGGAGGAAAAGCAGGUCAUACCAGAGGAUUUGAUCUGCAGCAUUUGCAAGGAUCUUUUCACUGAUGCCGUUAUGAUUCCAUGCUGUGGAAGUUCGUUCUGUGACGAGUGCGUUCGGACUGCCCUGCUCGAGUCGGAGGACAACGAGUGUCCGGAUUGUAAGGAGAAAGGCUCGUCUCCGGGUUCACUGAUACCAAACCGCUUUCUACGCAACUCGGUUAAUGCGUUCCGAAACGAAACGGGCUACACAAAAUCCUUGAAUAAGGCUGCUGCUGGUAGGAAACAAACGAAACCCGAAGAAGCACAAACGGCCGAUAGUACCACCAGUGGCGGCCAUUCGAUUGCGGCAGUCAGCAGCUCGGCGAUCGGUAGCUCUAUUGCAACGACGACCACCACCACGACCGGUGAGCCAGUUGAAUCGUCCACGUAUGAAGAUGAACCGACAGGUGAAGUACAUCUGCAGACGCAAAUAUUCGAGGAAAUAUCGCAACAGGGCGAUGAUCUAGUCUCACCAGAGGACAAGGAUCCGUCAGUUAUCGGUGGCCAUCCACAGAUUUGCGAUGCGGAAUCAGAUUACGAGGACAAUAUAACGGUCACUGUGCCACCGGCACACCUGCAAAGCCGAGGUGCUUACCGGGGGGGUCACUACAAUGGUGGUAGACCUAUGCGCCACGGCAAACCGAUGCACGGACACGAGACGCCACCGAACGAGCGCCAAAUGAUGGGAGGCGGGAGAGGCGGUGGAGGACAGGGGUACGCAGGUGGAGGCGAUCCAGGCAAUGGAACCGGUGCAGGCCACCAGGGUCAAGAGCUUCCGCUGGAUAGAGAAGAAGAGCAUCGGCGGCUGAUGUCAAUGGAAGAGAAGGACGAUGAUGGUUAUGGUGUCGGUGGGGGUCCGAUGGCCUUGAGAGACCGAGGGGGUGCAGGUGGCUUAGAGUACGGCAGUCUUUCACCCGAUUAUCAUCAUCAUGCGGCCCGCGGAAUGAUGCCGAUACCACAUAACCAUCCGCAACACCAACAGCAACAUGUGCAACACAUUGGAACGACUAUGGGACAUCCGGGAGUACCGGGCGGUGUUUAUAUGGUUCCGGGAAAUGCUUAUCCCGCGCAUGGUGGUCACUCGCAAUACGGAAUGGUGGCCGGGGCAGCGGCUGGUUACGGAAUGCAGCACGGUGGUUAUCCACCCCACCAGCGGCCAUACGAUCAUCAUCACGGCCCGAUGUAUCCGGGUGACCGGCCACCGAGGCUAAUGUAUCAUCCGAGAGGCGGUUACGCCCCUCACCCACAGCACAUGAGACCUCGGCACAUGGCCCCGAGACCGAUGGGCACCUAUCCCGGAAUUCUUCAAACAAUAGGCCCAGGAAUAAUAGACGAUCCUCUUGAGGCUUUCAAUCGAAUCAUGCGCGAGAAAGAGCGACGUAAAGAACAGGAGGCAUUGCGCAGGGCUCGUUCGCCGGGCGGCAGUGGUGGUGACCGUGGUCGUCGUUCGCGUUCGUUCGACAAUGGAAACCGUGGCGCAGGUGCUCGAAGUGGCGCUGGACGAGAAGGAAACGGUUCACCCGACAGAAGGCGCAGCUCGCGCCAAAGAUCACCUGGCGACAGACGCCGUUCUCCAGAUGAUAAACAUCCGGAUGAGAGGGGAGAGCGAGAACAUCGCCCUCGCGAACGACGUCGCAAUCGUUCGAGUUCUUACAGCUCGGGAAGUUCACGAUCUUACACUAGAUCAAAAUCUCGUUCGCCUAUGAAGAGAAACAAAUCACCCCGGAAGCGUUCGCGGAGCCCGGGCUUCCGAGACCGAAGGAGUCGCAGUAGAUCCGGAUCAUUCGGCAGAGGAGGCAGCGGGGGAAGAUACAGAGGCCGCCGUGACGAUAGACGCGGAGAAGAUCGCCGUGUCGGAGACCCGAGGGACCGUUCACCAGGAUACGGCAAUCAACAAAGCUAUGGGUACGGCAACAAUCGUCCCCGAGGUGGCGGUGGAGGUGGUGGCCAACGAGGUCGUUUGCGUGGCAAUAGUCCGCGUGAACCCGGAACUGCUCCUGGCGGUCUGGUGAAUCCGGGCGUAGGAAUGCAGCCGUAUCCGCACCCACGAGGUUACGAUCGACAUCCUGGCGGUGGCCCCACGUCUCACCCUGUGUUAACCCCAAUCGGAGCCGGUGUUGGACGCGUGGAUGCACCCGCAUACAUGCAUGGCCAAAACGACUUCCAUCAUCGAGCAGAAGGUCUGCAGCAUCAUCAACAUGGAGGACCCGCAGCAUCAAUGCAAGGUGGUGCUGACGGAGGCGGUAGCGGCGGUCCUGGCACCCAGCAAAACAGAUACACGGGACGAGAGGAUCGUGAACGUAGCGUUGGUAGCUAUGCAGAAGGCAGCGCGAGACAAGAGUAUUACGAUGGAGCGGACCAGCAAAAUCCUAACCUGCACCCUGAUCGACAUCGAGUGUCGAAUACUUCAUCGCCGAACGGGGGCCAUCAUCAAGCAGGAGAAGUAGGAUUCGAAACGGUGCACCAACACGGCAAGGAAGCAGGUCGUUGGCCGGACCAUUCGGAGGAUGGCCACCGGCACAAUACUCCCAAGAGGCACGAAGAUCCCAAUACUCCCAAGAGGAACGAAGAUCAUUGGGAUCGUUCGCGCACUCCCGACAUGGCGAAACCAGGCUCAGGAUCGGCGCGUGACUCCGACCACCGCAGCGACCAUCACGUGUCUUCAGGAGGCGGUGCGGCUGGCAGCGACAGGCAUGGGCGGUCGCGAUCCCGUGACGAUCGUAAACGUCACGCCGGUGCCGCAGGAGAGGCCACUGAGCGAGAUGCUGGUGAUCGUAGGAGAGGCGACCAGUCGAAGCAUGCAGAAUCUAUGGAAAGGCGUGAUAAAGCGACGGUUGGUAGUCGAGGGGGUCCGCGUGAACACGAGAAGGAGCGCGAAAAGAAUGACCGCAACAAGCAUCAGCAUCCGGACAGCAUGAAGGACAAGCGAUCGAACUUUGAGCAACAGCAUCGCCGCGAAGAUCAUAGAGAUCGUGAUCGUGAACGUGAGCGAGAUCGCGAACGAGAGCGAGACCGCGAGCGCGAUCGCGAUAAAGACAAGGAGAGAAACAAAGAAAAGGAUCGAGAUCGUGAGCGUGAGCGAGAACGGGAACGCGAUCGUGAACGGGAUCGUGUAAAGGAGAAGGAGCGCGAAAAGGAUCGCGAAAAGGAGAAGGAUCGCGAGAAAGAUCGUGAGAAGGAGAAAGAUCGCGAAAAGGAGAAGGAUCGCGAGAAGGAAAAGGAACGAGAAAAGGAGAAAGAACGCGAAAAGGAGCGCGAUCGGGAUGCGAAGGAGCUGAAAGACAAGAAAAAGUCACAUGAAUCUAGUGAGGAUGAUCGUCGCGAUAGGAAGAAGGACCGUGAUAAAAAGAAGCGAAAGAAGGAGAAGGAAGUCGAAAAGCGGAAACACAAGAAAGAGCGAAAGGAGAAGGAUAAGGACCAGCGUGGUAAGGACCGUCGUAAGGAACGGAAAACGGUGGAGAAAGAGGAACCGGACAGCUCGCAGCAACCUGCAACGCCUGCACUUCGCCAGGGAGACGAUUGCCAUGAGACAGCGGAAAAUAAAGUCGUCGAACAGGCGGAUGGACAACGUGGUCUAGUUGCUGAAAAUGAGCAAAUCGAUAAGGACGGACCGCCGGAGAGCUCCGGAGCAGUGGAAGCGGAUGAUGGGGAGGCGAAGCAGAGUGAUUCGGGUGAUUCUGGUCCGGAAGAGAAAUGCGUUACUGCUCACCAGGAACAGCAGCAGCAACAACAAGAGGCGCACAUUGACGGUAAUGAUCACGGCGAUCUGUACUCGGACAUUCCGGAGAAGUACGAAGGCGAUCAGUUGCUGGAACCCUCUGCUUUGGAGCAUGACAGUAGCGAUAUGCUUCUAGACAAUCGUGACAACUUGUUCGCUCUAGAAGAGGAAAAAAGCACCGUGGCCGCUGACAGUACCGAGUCAGGGCAGGAGAAACUCGACAGUAGUGACCUCGGUGGUGAUGGCGAGAUGCUGAUGUUGAAACGAUCAGAUUCGGUGUUGGAUCUGCACGCUAAUGUAGAUUUCGAACCAGAACUCGACGAUAGUGAUCAGCUUUCUUCCAGCCGGCAGCAGCCACAGGUGCCGCCAAAGGGCAGUGAAGCGUUUAUGCCAGAACCUUCCAAGUGGGAAUUGGAGGAAGAUGCGCACGUUCAUUCAACGAUGGAAAAGAAAGCCAUAGCGCCUACAUUUGAUGAUUAUUCACACGACAGUUCAGAAGCCUGUGGUGGAGGCGGUUCGGGUGCGACCGCUGGCAAGGUGACAAACGAAGUGUUGAAGCGGGCAGAGAAUGCUAUCUUUACACGGGCAAUUAACGCGAUUCGUCCCAUCGAGAUCAAGAAGAUUAGUGUAGAGCGACAGAAGCUGUACACGGCUGGAGUAGGAGAUGCCCAGCGAGAAGUUUCGCCCAUGCUGGAACUGAAGCUGAAGCAAGAGCACGAAGAUCUGAAGCGAUUCCAGGUUACGGUGCCCGCAAACGAUGAGCGUGCCGAACGGUCGGUUGAAAUCAAACCCGAAGUAAAGCCGGCGGAGGGCCGCGGAUCGCCGAUUCGGGCCUCGAUCAAGGAGCGCCUCGGAAGCAAGGUUACCGACAAUACAUCUCAACAGUAUUCGCGAUCUCGGACACCGCCAGGGCGCAAGGGAAGUUCUGGCCCCGGCAUGGGUGACGUUCGUUCGAAACUCUCUUCCGAUCGCCACAGAGCCUCAUCCCGUAGCCAUAGUCCUCGCGUACACGAGGAGUCUGCUGGCAGAAAGCGCCCCGACGGAGAUCGUUUUGGUGGACGACAGGGACACGCUGGUGGCAAACAACAGCAUCCGCAGGGGGAACGACGAACGGUGGGCCAAGGAUCAAAUAACGACAGGCGAGGUGGUGUCACAGAGCGAGGAAACGAUCGGCAUCAGCAGCAGCACCAGCAGCACCAGCAGCACCAGCAGCACCAGCAGCACCACCACCAUCACCAACAGCAUCAGCCAAGAGAUCGUAACGAUCGAUCCGGUGUACGAAGGAACAGUAGCGAGCGCAGAAAGACGGAAAAUUUACCCCCUGGACAGCAGCAACAGCGCGACCGUUCUGGUCCCGGUGGGCGUCGUGCUAGCCGCGAACGCAAGGAAACUCGAUCACCAAGCUCGAACAAGGACAAACGCUCGGACGACCCACGAACUAGGGCGACGGCACAUCAGCAUCGUGAGGAUAGUGGACGCGUGUCGUCGAGCAAAGCGAAUCAACAAAUGAAACGCGACGAUAGUGCUGAAGGUCGAAAGCCACGUUCGGGCAACGAGGAAAAGGGUGGCCUCGCUCCGAGUUCCACUUCCGGAAGUGGCGUACGUUCGACAACUGCCCGUGGUGCUACUGAUAGAUCGCCCGUUCGCGAAGAACAAUCAACUCGCAAGCGCUCGGUGGAACAUUUGAGGGAUGAUUCUAGUUCCGGGCGCCCCAAACCGGACGAUGUUGCUCAAGCGGGUGACAAUAGCACCGCAAGUAAGCGCACUAAGCUCGAGAAACCAGCAGCGAAACCGAUAGGGGCACCCGCAAAGGGCGGUGGAGGCAGUUCGAGCGAUUCGAGUAGUAGCGAUUCAGAUUCAUCCUCCACAGAGAGCAGCCCGGAUACGGAUGGUGGCGGCGCUGGCAACGCGAGAAGCAGCAGCAAGAAGCGCAAGAAGCGUAAACACAAGAAAGAUCGCAAGCGUGCCAAACGCUCCACCUCGAGCGAGUCAAACGAGGAUUCGGGCGGCAAGCGAAAGAAGUCGAAGAAAAAAUCCAAAUCCUCUAAGAAAAAGAAAAAGUCGAGUAAACAUAAGAAAGAUUAGUGCACCGUGUGGACUAUUGCAGGGCUGCAGAAAACUGAAGAAAGAAUUCGCUGAAAAGGAUCGAAGGCCCCCAUUUGCUUUUGUUGGAUAGUGUGUCGAUCAGCAAUUGAACUAGAGUAAAGCAGAUGACGAUCCGCGUCGAUUACCUUGUUGAGGCUUUUCUUUCCCAUCACUGAUCACUGCGAGUGCGGCGUGUAUCUAACUCCUUUCGAGGCCCCUUACAAACAGCUCCUUGUGUACGGUUAUUAUUUUCAGCUGCAUCUACCCAUGGUGCGGCGGUUAGUAAGAUGUUUUAAAGCCGAAGGGUUGUAUAAAUUAGAUUAGAGCCUAUCAUCGCCCCUUCUCAAAAGCCUUGUAUCGAAUUCAUGGGUAUUCCAUAUUUUAUUGGCUAAUAAAAUGUAAGAAAUAUC